CCCUCUCUCCCCUUAACCUUUCCACAUUUCUCUCCUACUCCUUGUCUCCAAGGCCUCCCUACGUUGUGACCCUACUCCCCAUGCCAGAUCUGCCACUUGGAUCCUUUUUCAUAUUCCUUUCAUAUUCCCAUGGGCUUCAUUUCUGCUUUUUCUUGUCUUCCUCAAGCAUGCUCCAUGAUGGUCUCAUUCAUUCACUAAAUAAAUGUCUGUGGAGUGUGCCAGGGUGUGCUGGGGAUACUACAAGGAACAUUCCGUUGAGGUGGUGACAAAGGAAGAAGACAUCCAGCAAGGGGGAAAAUGAUCCUAUCACAUAAGACAGUAUGCAUCUUAAGAUCCUGAGGAAAAGGCGCAAAAUGUUCAAGUAAUGUUUCAAAAUAAUUUGUGAGGGUGUGUCGGGGAAAUCAUGCCGUCAUCAGGACACCGGCUCCGCGAUGUCGAACACCAUCCCCUCCUGACUGAAAAUGACAAUUAUGACUCUUCGUCCUCCUCUUCUUCCGAGGCCGAUGUGGCAGACAGAGUCUGGUUCAUCCGUGACGGCUGCGGCAUGAUCUGUGCCAUCAUGACGUGGCUUCUGGUUGUCUAUGCAGACUUUGUGGUGACGUUUGUCAUGCUGCUGCCUUCCAAAGACUUCUGGUACUCCGUGGUCAACGGAGUCAUUUUUAACUGCCUAGCGGUGCUCGCCCUGUCUUCUCACCUGAGAACCAUGCUCACCGACCCCGGGGCGGUACCCAAAGGAAAUGCCACUAAGGAAUACAUGGAGAGUUUGCAGCUAAAGCCGGGAGAAGUGAUCUACAAGUGCCCAAAGUGCUGCUGUAUCAAGCCCGAGCGUGCCCACCACUGCAGUAUUUGCAAAAGAUGUAUUCGGAAAAUGGAUCAUCACUGCCCGUGGGUGAAUAAUUGUGUUGGAGAAAAGAAUCAGAGAUUUUUUGUGCUCUUCACUAUGUACAUAGCUCUGUCUUCAGUCCACGCUCUGAUUCUCUGUGGACUUCAGUUCAUUUCCUGUGUCCGAGGGCAGUGGACUGAAUGCAGUGAUUUUUCACCUCCAAUCACUGUCAUCCUGUUGAUCUUCCUGUGCCUUGAGGGUCUCCUGUUUUUCACUUUCACUGCAGUUAUGUUUGGCACCCAGAUCCACUCAAUAUGCAAUGAUGAAACGGAGAUAGAGAGACUGAAAAGUGAGAAGCCCACCUGGGAGCGGAGGCUACGAUGGGAAGGGAUGAAGUCUGUCUUUGGGGGGCCCCCCUCACUCCUCUGGAUGAAUCCCUUCGUUGGCUUCCGAUUUAGGCGACUACAAACGAGACCCAGGAAAGGAAGCCCAGAGUUCUCUGUUUGAGGUCCCUCUCAUCACGCCAGAACUGGUUAACCAACUUGAUUUAUCCGGGGUCUGAAAGGGUAUCGACAGCUCAUCUGUGACCAAGGGCAAAUGGAACCGACACAAACCAGUUGCUUGCAGCAAGCAGAGUUUUAUAUAUUUAGUCACAGACUGCAGAUUUUCCAAACGAGUAACUGGAUGCUGCUCUCAUCAGUUUUCACCUGUACAACUAACGAAAGGGAUGUGGCCACACGAAGAAGCCAAAUGUCAUUCUCUUCCUGCACAGUUAGGAUUUUUGUUAAGAGUACUUUCAUUUUCUAAGAAGCUGUGUGGGAUACUACAUAGGUUAUGGAAAUCCUGUGUACUGAGCUGCUUUUUUCAAUCAUGAAGAAAAAAAGUCAAUCCAGUGAACAAGAAUUCUCCGACGAGCGCUUUCGGGAGUUCCUGUCGGCCCCGUGCAGCAGAGCUCUCCCUCGGUGGGCAGGGGCGUUUACAUAGAAGUCAGCGUUGGUCUCCAUUAGCUCUGACACUUUGCACUGAAUUGGCAAAAGAUCUGUGCACUGAUGAACGGUGAAGGUGGCUUCAGGUACACUUCCACUGCCCGGAAGAGGCAUUCUCUGACCCUGCAGCAAGUCUGCGCGUCUGCGCGUCUGCGUCUGUGUCUGUGCCUGUGUGUGUGUGUGUGUGUGCGUGUGUGCGUGCGUGUGCGCAUGUGUGCGCGCGCGCGCGUGUUUUAAAAUUGACAGUGUUGUGUAGGCGAUGUAACAUUUAACGGUUGUGUGCAGCAAACCAGCUAUUUUUUAGAAACCGACGUUUCAGGGAAGCGGGGAGAGCGGCCCCGGGACCCUCCUCCCGUGGGCCUCACUCUGAAUGUAUUGCAACCUGGAGAAUAUCUUGAUCCAAAGAACAAUCAUUCCUGUGCGGUCCUCUGUUGCCCUCCCGUUUUCAUUUUAUCUUCAAAUUCUUCAGUGCGUGGGGGACUUGGAACCGACUUUUUUGUUCCGGCCGAAUUGGCGGUGUGUGAACGGCACCUCAGCGAGAGAAGAGCAGAGUCGUGCGGCGGCCGUCACCUCGUGCACCUGGUCACUCGUGCAGCUUGGUGGGUGUGAAGAAGGAGGGGCAGACAUAGCAGCAAUGAAACAGAGAGACAAGUGUUGGCCUUUGGGCGUCACUGAGAAGGUGAGGGGACUGCAAGGCAAUGAGCCCUGGAUUCUGUGUCCAGAGAAUAUUCAGGAUGGCAACAUCUCGUUUGAUUUUUCUUUUUUUGGGGGGGGUGUCAUUUAUGUUUCUCUACCCAUGUCACAAGUGAUAAAAUAAGACCAUUGGUGCAGAGCUUCAGAUUAUGUCAGAAAGCAAACAGCUCCCCUCCUUGGGGACUCGCCUUAAACCUGCCUGGUCUGUCCAUGUUGUGCGGGACUCACAAGGAAGCCAUCUGUGACAGUCCGAGGGUCUCCUCUAAGCCUGCCUCCCACGCUGAGAACUGUUGAUGUUUCUCUCCUGGUCUUCACUCCUUUCUGUUCAUCUGUGAACCGUUUUGUUUUUGUUUUUAAUUAAUUUGUACCCUAUCCUAAUCAGGGCUUCUACCACUGCUGAUGCAAAACCACAAAGGGACCUACUUGAGACACAAUCAUAGCCAAGUGAACAAAGCUAUAUAGGGUGUUUUUUGAAAUGGACUAAGUCACUGCAGAAAUGUGUGAGCUAUUAGGGGAUGGACUGCGUCACAGCCAGAGGGACAAAACACGUGUAGUGGGUGAUCCAGGAGACUGUUUCCAGAGAUUGUCUUGCAUAUUCAUUUGCACAUUUGUUGUCUGGGUUGGACAUGUGUACUGGGCUUCAAUGUGAGGCUUUUAAUAUGUAUAUCCUGUUUAUCAAUUAAAAAAAAUUAUCGAAGUGGUUGAAUCCUGUGAGACUUGGCAAGUAUGUACAAAUCAAGUAUACUUGACUUUUCAACCUCUUCUUUCAAUGUAACUUUUAUAUGAAAUAAACUCAUCAAUUGACGGUUCUCAAUUUA